CGGCCGUUUUUUUUUUUUGUCACAGCAGCCGAAGGCCGAAAACAACCGACACCAUGCCUCCGUCGCGUCGCUUCUGCUCGCGUUCCCCCCGAACCAUCGAGCCUCUCGCGCAGACAACAGGCUCCGGAGGUUAUUAAUAACGAAACUCGGUCUUUUACGUCGAGCGUUUUCACUACGGUUCGACCAUGAGCGUCGGUCACCGCGCCGCGUAGCGCGCCUCAGGCGGAGAUUAUGGAGUAAACGGCCGUUAGAUCGAUCGAAACAGUAACGAUAACACCGCUAUGGCACUGUCGGUGAUCCAGGCGUGUCGUAGCCUGGCCCUGUCCACCUGGCUGCUGUCCUUCUGCUUCGUCCAUCUGCUGUGUUUGGACUUCACGGUGGCGGAGAAGGAGGAAUGGUACACGGCGUUCGUCAACAUCACGUACGAGGAUCCGGUCACGGCCGAGGUCCGCACCGAGAAGACGGAGUGCGGGCGUUACGGGGAGCACUCGCUCAAACGCGAGGCCAGGGGCGUGCUGGCGAUGCCCGUCUCGUCGCAGGACAGACACGCGUGCGACCCCAACAGCAGAUUCACGCCGCGGGGGUACGGCGCGUGGAUCGCGCUCAUCGGCCGCGGGAACUGCACGUACCGGGACAAGAUCCGGAACGCCGUGGGGAAGAACGCGUCGGCCGUGGUCAUCUUCAACGUGGGAUCCGCCAACCCCAACGAGACCAUCACCAUGUCCGACCCAGGCACCGGUGACGUGGUGGCCAUCAUGAUUCCUGAACCCAAGGGUCGUGAUCUGGUUCUUCUGAUGGAGAGGAACAUCACGGUUCACAUGCACAUCACCAUCGGAACACGAAACCUCCAGAAAUACGUCAGCCGCACCUCCGUGGUCUUCGUCUCCAUCUCCUUCAUCAUCCUCAUGAUCAUCUCUCUGGCCUGGCUCGUGUUUUAUUACAUCCAGCGCUUCAGAUACGCCAACGCCAGGGACCGCAACCAGAGGAGGCUGGGGGACGCUGCCAAAAAAGCCAUCAGUCAGUUACAAGUGCGGACCAUCAGGAAAGGCGAUCAGGAGACGGAGAGUGACUUUGAUAACUGUGCCGUGUGUAUCGAGGGUUAUAAACCAAAUGAUGUAGUCAGGAUCUUACCUUGCAGGCAUCUGUUUCAUAAAGGCUGCGUGGACCCGUGGCUGGUGGACCACCGUACGUGUCCCAUGUGUAAAAUGAACAUCCUCAAAGCUCUGGGCCUGACGUCGAGUGCCGAGUGUCUGAACGAACUUCCUCUGGACUACGAGCUCGCCGUGGGGGGCGUGGCUCUCAACGCCAUGGUGAUGAGCGACGACGUCAUGGCCGGCGACGUCGUCGGGGGGCGUGACCCUGGCGUGAGGAUGGUGGGUCUCCCUCAGGUCCUCCUGGACUCCGAGCCGCUGUCCCAGGACACCAUGCCCACCGAACAGAGUGAGUUACAGCCAAUGGCCAGCGGCAGUUCAGAAGUGUCUCUCGCUACGGGGGCGGGGCAUUCGGACAUUGACACGCCCACCGACGACCCAAAGUGCUGAUUUGGCCCCGCCCACUCACGCUCAAAGGUUUGGGGUGACCACGGCGACGGGCUCCGAUGGGUUAAAUGGGCUUCGAACGGCCAAUGAUUGAGCGCGUAACAAACACACUGCCUGCCGAGUACACACUACAGUCCACGUCCGACGUUACCUUUACUUCAUCUUCCUCCUCCAUUCUCUGAAACGCAGGGUAAACUCUGUUCUCUCUCGCCCGCAGUGCACACUACAGUUAAAGCACUUGUCCGGUAUCGGCAGACGACCGGCUCUGCUCUGCUCGACAAUCUUCUCUUUUCCUACCGCCGCAGUGUUCGCUGCCCGUGUCACCAUUCGUCCGUGAUCCCAGCGGAAAGAACGUGUCAAAGACUAUUUUGAAUCUGAUCAGAAGUGGUUUAUUUUUCUAUAGAGAAGCGUUCGACGCGCUCGAGUUCUACAGUGUUAAAAAAUAAGGAGAUAAUCUCAGUGUUUAGACGGUUUUCGGAGGGAGUUUGGCCCUCACCAAAGACGCCGGACCUGGAGCGCGUGACGGGACAAAACUGUGGGACUUUUUAGGAAGUGCUCUUUGGAUCCCGUGGAGCGGGGCGUGUGAUGUUUGCUGUGCAUGCCACAUGCCCCGCCCCUUCGGCGGAUAUCAUUUAAAGGGAUAGUUCACCCCAAAAAUGAACGUUUACUGGCGGCGUCCUCAAGUUUCGCCGUUUGUUCGCAAGUUGUUCCUCUGCGGUGAAUGGGUGCCGUCGGGACGGCUGAUAUAAACAUCACAGUGAUAUGUAGAAAUCCUGCUUUUAAUCCGUAAUAAUGCUUCCGCCGAUGAAAGGUGGUCUUGUCUGAAUCGGGAGAGAAAGCUGCACAGAUCAAGCCAAAAAAAAUCUCUAAAUAAACAUGAUGUGAGAAGACUGGAGGGGAUGCACUUUAUUUCAGGAGGAAGUGUUACGGAUUUAUGGAAAGUAAAAAUAUGAUUUUUAUUUUUUCCCUUAAAAAUCUUUAGUCGUCUCCAGAUGUGAACUGAUGGAUCGGAGUCUCGUUCUGACGGCACCCAUUCACUUCCAUUGGCGAGCAAGUGAUUUGAUUUUCCCCAAAUCUGAUCAGAAAAACUCAUCUUCAUAUCGGAUGACCCAACUGAGUAUUUUUUUUUUGUUUGGGUGAACUAUUUCUUUAAAGGGAGAUUAUCAAUCAUUUCCUGUGAUGAUUGUUCUGUUACGGUUUCUGUAUUAUUUUAAAAAGUUUCCGUAAAACUCUAGAAAUCACGUUAAAGCAGUUCAUACGACUUGCGCGCUGUUCAAACGGUUCCACAUGUUUUUGGCAAAACAAAGGUGUGGAAAGACUCGAGGGCGAGCGAAGGAUCAUUUUCAGGUGCGCUGUUCCUUUAAAUCUGUAACUCGUUCUUCCUUGUUUGACUGUAUAUUGUAAAUAGAGAAUAAUUUUGUCCAGUUCUUUUCCUCAAUUUGCCAAGUUUUUCCGUCAUGCACUUUAUGUAUUUAGAGAUUGGAUUUUGUUUUGAGAUUGGGAUUUUUGGUCACGAGUUACACACGUGCAGUUCACACACACACACACACACACACACACACACACAGUAGACGUUUACCAUUUCAUGCUCAGUAUUUUGCACGUGUUUCAGUCAAACUGUGCUUUGAAUAUUAAUAAAUUUUAAUGUAAAUUUUCCGGG